AUGUCUGAUAUUCAGCUGCGCGAAGCGGGCUACUCGGAACUGCCCAGGAUUGCUCAUAUCUUGGCAAAGGCAUUCUGGGAAGACAACUUGUUCGGUCAGAUGAUACAUCCUCACCGCAACGAGUAUCCCGACGAUGUAGACUUGUAUUGGCUGAGCGGCCAAGAGGUGAUUGUUGGUAUUGCGCAAUGGGAACGAUUGGGAGACGGGGGCAAGAAGCUGGAGCGCUGGACCUUGGAUCCUCGAAAUAUUUCCAAGACUUUGUCCUCAGCUGCCAUGAAGAUUCAUGCUAUGGUCUGGCCCAACCGUGCAAGUGACCCAGGGGUAGAAGAUAUUAUAGAGCGGUCCUAUCCUCACUUUGAUAGUAUUUGGAGCGGCAAGCGUGCGGAGUCGUGGUAUCUCGAGGCGCUGGCAGUACAUCCCGAUUAUCAGGGCAGAAAUAUAGGUCGGAGACUCGUACAAUGGGGGCUUGAGCUGGCUGAAGCAGAUGGCAUCUGCGCAUCAGUGGUCAGUGCCUAUGGCAAAGAUGAGUUUUAUACGAAAUGCGGGUUUGACGAGCAAUAUGGCAACGCUGGACAGGGCGACGGCAAUCCUUUGGCAGGUGUCGAUGGGGCAAACAUAUUUUGGAAAUGGCCAAAGUCCAGGUCAUAAGAGUUUGAUGGCGUUUUCACCCAUGAUUAUAAGACACAAUUUACAAGUUCAAACAAGUUCAUUAUA